AUGUGGCAAAGCACCAUAUCAUUCGCCAUUGUGAGCGCAUCCCCGCGCAUCCAACGCAUUCUACCUCUCACACAACCACCCGCCUCCAUGCGAGCGGUACUGCCGGGGAGGCCCCCAACGAAGCUCCAGGCUUACAGCACCGCGCUGUGGGAUGGACUUCGUGUUGUGGCAUACAUAUCCGGCCAUGCACUAGUUAUCCUCGGCGGUCCGCACAAGCUCCUACAAACCAUCUAUGUCGACGAUACCGACGCCCUGGAGGCUGUCACCAUAGAUGAGCUCUCCGGAAAGAUCGCCGUAUGCGGUGGACCCGAUGUGUUUAUCUACCAACCGUAUGGCAUCCAGCAUGAAACCUUGAAGUGGUCUCUAGUCCAAACCUUUCGCAGCGAAGACGACAAUGAGACUAUUCGUACCCUGUCAUGGGGCUCCUCCGAGGAGCUGCUUCUCGGCAACUCUCACCUCACUCUCUGGUUCUUGAACGAUACCCCGCGCCAAGUUUGGAAGCAGAAGCUGGCUUCUCCCGUUAAAUUCGCGCGCUUCUCCCCCGAUGCAACUCUCCUCGUCACCACUGGACAUUACGACCGCAUGGCCAAAGUAUGGCGCCGACUCGCAUUCGGGACGGACAUUCGUUUCGAGGUGUCAUAUCUUCCCCACCCUACAGUCAUUACUGGGAUACAUUGGCGAAGACCGUACCAUCGAGAGCAGUCUAUGGACAAUGUAUUCUACACCGUAUGCGCCGACAAUAAGAUUCGGGUGUGGGCGACCGUGGAUCACCAUGCGCCGACCGCCUUGCAACUAUGGGCGCAAAUUGAUAUGGCCGCUUCUGUUCAGCCAAGACAUGCGACCGACAAGAGCGAUCCGACCCGACGAUAUGGCUUCAUUGUGGACAGUCGGGACUUUUGCAUGGCUACUGAGCGAGCCGUGCAGAGAAGUACGGGGAACAAGGAUAAUCACACUCUGGAACAUAUCAUCGAAGUCGCGAAUAAGAGCCCCGAAGUCUGUGUCGUGAUUGAUGGUCAAGGGCACAUGUCAGCCUGGGCCCUGGAAGAUGUUGGGUCCAAGGUCAAAUCUGAAAUGCACAUGUUCAAUAUUCUACACGUGGAAGGCCUGGACUUCGCGUUCAUGCCCGGUGUCUCUCCGGAAGAAGACUAUGCCCAGCUGCAUGCAUUCCAGGGUGCAGAACCAGGCGACUCCAUCAGCAUUCUAGUGCAUCACUUUGACGGCCGGAUUGAGUGGUUCGAUUCCCCGGUAGAUGUGCUUUUUGAUCCUGCUCCGCGCAAGAACCGGGUGUCUAUGAAGGCGUCAUGGACCGGUCACAAUGGCCCCAUAAAGAAGAUCGUUCGUAAUGCCAUUGGCCACACGCUUGCCUCGCGUACGGAUGAUAACAAGGCGUUGAUCUGGAGGCAAAAGCAGCGAGAGAGUGGUACGGCGCUUCUUCGACAGAGCGAGCUGUUCUCUGACGAACAUAUACAUCGCAGUUGCGUGCUAGAAGACGGCGACUUUCUGGUCAAUCUCCAUCACAACGGAAUCUCCUUCUGGGAUAUCCGCCCAUUUCAUGCCAAGAAGCUGGCAGCCACAACUUUUGAAUUAUCAAGCAAGCCGCUGUGUGUCUUACCUAUACCUACAGCAGAGCAGAAUGGGGUUGUCUACGUAGCAACUAUUGGCGCGAGCAUGGACGGAAUUGCUUGGGAGUUUCGAAUGCCGACCUCUAAGCAAACCAACGGAACAGCGGAUGGGACUCAAUGCCAGCUGCGGAAGUUCUGUACGUUCCAUCUGGGACUGGAUGAGGAUAUGGCUUACAUCUUGCCUGUCGACCCAGCCGGCCGCAAAGCCGAGAUGCCAGGCUUCUUUGACCUCUUUUCGCCAGAUAUUGCACUUUCAUAUACCAAGACUGGCAUUGUCCGCACCUGGACGGCCAAGAUUGACAAAGAGAAGAGCCGCGUUGAAUGGCUCUUGACUUCGACCGUAGAGACAGGCAUCAAGAACCCGUCGCUUGCGAGCGGGAGCUCCAUCAAGAAAGCAGCGCUUGUGGAUGAAGACCGCACGCAUCUGACGAUAUGGGAUAUGAAUGAUGCGCAGCUAGAGUAUGAAGAACAUUUCUCACAAGGCGACAUCAUCCGUGAUUUGGAUUGGACGUCAACACCAGACAUGCAGUCUAUCCUAGCGGUUGGGUUUCCCCACAAAGUCAUUCUGUUGUCCCAGCUGCGAUAUGACUACCUUGACUCGCGCCCGUCGUGGACACAGAUCCGCGAAAUCUGGAUCCGCGACCUUACUCCUCAUCCUAUCGGAGAUUCAUGCUGGCUUAGCAAUGGCUGUCUCGCCAUUGGAGCCGGAAAUCAACUCUUCGUGUAUGGGAACGAAAUUGAAAGUUCCGAUCAUCUGAUAUCUCAGUUACGUAUACCAGCUCGCGGAUCUUCUACCGUCGAUCUCUUCGAGGUUGUGAGCCGGCUGAAUGGACCGCUGCCCGUUUUUCACCCGCAAUUCCUGGCGCAGUGCAUUCUGAGCGGCAAAAACAACCUGGUACAUGCGGUCUUGCUAAAACUUCAUUGCAUACUCAAGUUCUACACGGAAGGUGAUGACAUUGACGGCUUCCUGGACAUGCCCUUGGAAAGCUUUUACAUUGAACAUGAUAUCCCCCAACGAGCCACCUCCAAAGGCAUAGAUUCCUCAUAUGACGAUCUCAACAUGGAUGAAGAGUCGACCGUAGUGGAUGAGGAUACGGCCCUGGUGCUCAACGAGAACCUGGCGCGGUUUACCCUGCCCCAGCUUUCCAGCCAAGAGCAAUUCCGCUUGGUGGACACGAUUGAGUGUGUUGCAACUGUGGAGAAGCAUCGCCGCUCAAUGGAUGACAAUGCUGCGCGAUACCUCCUCUUCUUCCGUCAGCAUAUGCUACGCAGGUCCCAAGGAGUGGCAAACAAAGACACGGUAUCCUGGCGAGAAAUUGUCUGGGCAUUCCAUAGCGGCAGUCAGGACAUCUUAGUGGACCUUGCAUCAAGACAAUUUGGUGGCAAGAUGACAUGGAAAGCGGCCAGAGAGAGUGGGAUGUUCAUGUGGCUGUCGAAUCCUACUGCUGUGCGGGCGCAACUGGAAGUUGUUGCUCGGAACGAGUAUACUAAAUCGGAAGAGAAGAACCCCAUCGACUGUUCCUUGUACUAUAUCGCCCUGAGGAAGAAAAACGUCCUUCAGGGUCUCUGGCGGAUGGCGCAUUGGCAUCGUGAACAAGGUGCAACACAACGACUGCUUGCCAAUAACUUCCAGGAAGAGCGCUGGAAAACGUCGGCAUUGAAGAACGCAUAUGCUCUGCUUGGAAAGCGAAGAUUUGAAUAUGCUGCCACCUUCUUCCUUCUUGCGGACCAUUUGCGCGACGCCGCUUUUGUGUGUCUCAACCAGGUCGGCGAUCUCCAGCUUGCCAUCGCCAUCACGCGUGCCUACGAGGGAGAUGACGGUCCAGUGUUGAAGGAGAUUCUGGAAGAAAGAGUGCUGCCUGAGGCUGCCACUGAUGGAAACCGGUGGAUGGCAUCGUGGGCUUUCUGGAUGUUGGGCCGCCGUGGAAUGGCAGUCCGAUCGCUGAUUUCCCCGGUUGAGUCACUUAUCCCCGAGACCCCAGCGUCUCCAGGCAGCCCAGGGAUGAUACCCUUGCAAGCCAAGUCGUAUCUUUCCAACGACCCUGCAUUGGUUGUCCUGUACAAGCAACUCCGUGAGAAGACACUACAGACGCUGAAAGGAGCAUCUAAAGUAUCCGCGCAGUCCGAGUGGAGUUUUGUCAUUCGCAAUGCUCGUCUGUACGACCGCAUGGGAUGCGAUCUCCUGGCCCUAGAUCUGGUACGCCACUGGGAGUUCCUGGGAGGACCUCCUUCACCACAACCAGCCAAGGAGGGGCCACUCGAUUUGCAUGAUGGUGUAGACUAUCGCAAGAUGCUGCGCCGACGAAGCAGUCUGGUCGUUGCGGACCUGCCGAUCCGCGAGAGCUUGCAACAGAGUAUCCAAGCUGCGGCAGCACCGAAACCGAAACCGAAGCCACCUCCAACGACAUUCCAAGAGCCAGACGCCAACUCGUUGCUUGACAGCUUUGGUUUUUAG